GUGAAAGUGAAAGUCAACACGACGGUCUUGUCACUGUCAGCUUCAUUUUAGACAGAAUUGUAUUGAUAGAAGGGCAUUACUGAUAUAAAGCUAUUCAGUCGGACUAUAAAAAAAGGAAUCGCAGGAUGAACUUUAUGACCGGUCCCUGGUUUUAUACGUGUCUGACCAAAGGAGGGCAAUACUGAUAUAAAGCGAUCAAAACUAAACCCCUACGGCUAAAAAAUGAAUCGCAGACUGAAUGUGUCUGACCAAAAAGGAGAUUGUCAGUUAUUUUGGACAAUAAGCAAGAAAUAGCCACUUUAGUGACACUUUCAAAACUAGCCCGUGUUUCCUCUGACUAGCUAGCCUUAGGCAUUUUGACAGUUGUCAAAAUCCUGGUGUCAUUGUCAGAGGAAACUGGGGCUAUUUCAAUACAUGACUGCAUUGACUUGAGUAUAUGAAAACGCACAGUCUAUAUACAGUAAAGUCUUCCAAGCAGGCUGAGCAAUGUGGUGUGGGGCGCUUCCUUGCAUCCAUAUUGAAUCAGAAGGAUGUGGAAAUCUCUGUGUUGGUGUUUUCUAUCAACCUUGCUGGUGUUCUAGGACAGAUUCCUGAUCUCAACAAUCAACAAGGAGAGAUCGUUGAAACGUUCAUGGACUUUGUUUUAAAGGAAAAAGAUUUGAACAAUCCAUCCAUCGGGACAGGAUACUUUGAUACACUUCGGAAGUUAAUCAAAUUUAGGACUGCGAAGUGUUUGUAUGUACACAAGAUUGAAAAAGAACUAGUGCUGAAGUGUUGGCAGUUACUUACUGAUGCAAGAAGUCUGUUCCUGACCUCAGCUGUCCUUCGCUUUCUCAAAGAUUACUUUGGCCUCUGUGAGGAUGUUCAAUAUGUGGAAGAGUGCAGCUACACUACAAUUGUCCAAUCGGUUGUGAAUCAUAUAUGCCAAGCUCAUAAAACUACUAAUGAUGCUGACAGCCGUCCUCUCCCGUCCAUUCUGCCUUCUGUACUUCAGCUGUUACAGGACAUACCUCGUCUGUUGAUCGAGACAUUAGACAGGACUGUGAUACGUAACUUGUCUGAAUGUCUGGCAUACAUUGUUUGUAACAUGGGAAAAGAUACAUAUUUCUGUGCACUCGAAGCAUUGCUGUCACUACAGAUUAAGGUUGAUGUCCAGGAACAAAGAGAAAUUGAGAGCAUAGUGAAGCAGCUGUCCCAGGAUUUAGUAGAGAAGGAUAUUCUCCGGAGUCAGAAAAUUUGCAUCAAAAUGUUGGAAAGCAGGAUCCAUGAAGGACUGGUGAAAGAUUUACUUUUAUGUCCACUGUAUGUAAUUACGGGCCGCACACACCUGGUACAGACGACAGAACUGCACAGCAGACAGAUUACGACACACAUGGAUUCCAAAUCUACCUGUGUCCAAAUCAUUCUGAACUCGCUGGAGAUUUUCAGAUUUACUGAUGUUCCCCAAGAUGCAGUAGAAGCAACAGUGGAACUGUUUGACUUGACACAUGACAGUAGUACAGGACAGAUUCCCUUCACCCGAUUUCUCCUUCACAAUAAAAGAGUUCAACAAAGCUGCUUGGACUUGUUCAUCAAACAUCAGAAUAGGUGGGGCUGUACCAGGAAGCUUUGCUGCUCUGUCCUAGACAUAGUGAAAACAGAAGCUUUGGACAAUGUGACUUUCAGCAAAUGUUUAGAUGCGUUGUUUAAGUUAGCACCUGAAGUGCUGUUGUCUACAGAUUUAGUCAAUGAAGAUGGGGAAACAAUUGGCCAACGCCUUAUCAACACUGUACAGCACAGUCUUUGUUGCAUCGAUUGGGAACGAAGGGACACAACUCUUGAGUUCUUGACAAAACUCCUGUCAAGUUGUCCAGACCACAGUGGUGUGACUGAGUGGAUCAGGUCUGGGCGUCUCUGUGUGUAUGUAUACCAAGCUCUGGAUGAUGCCAACAGUUACAUGAGAGCCACUGCUUUGACGUGUCUACAGAGAGUGCUCGAGUCCAGCCAGCUAACGACAGACUUACUUCAGCAGUGUGACAUCACUCUGGAUGACGUGUUCAGGAAGGUUCUGAAAAUCUUGGAGAGUGACACAGAAGCCUUUGCCAGAAGGGAAAGUGUUAGUUUUAUAACCAGGAUGUGGAAUUCUGUACACGGAGACUUGAAAGCAGACAUACUACAAGUCCUUGUUGAAAGAGCAAGCAGUGACUUUGACUGGGAGGUCAAAGUUAAACUGGUGGAUUUUUGGGAGAUGCUAAUGGAGAAGGACUUGUUAAGAUCAGAAGUCCAGUUGCCGUCAUAUGCUGAUGGAUUACUGCAGAGAGAAAAACAGCAAAAUUUAGAUCAAGCAUUUCAAGAAUUUAUCAAGACAGCAUGUUUUGAAUCUUUAUUCAAACUUCUUGAUGACUAUGAUCAAAGCGUCUGUCAAAAAGCCUGUUUACUUCUGAUAAGAGUGAUGAAGCAUAUGUCUGGUGUGCUUGAACGGCACGAUUCUCUCCCUCCAGACUCGGACAUCCCUGUAAAGAAGAGAAAGACUAAUGAUUCAGAUAUUGAAUCUAUUUAUCAAAAGCUGAAAGCUCUAGACCUGACUGCUAGACUGUUAGAGGUCUCCACCACUUGUGAUGAGUACGACAAAAACCCUAUGUCACUUUUAGAGGACAUGUUGACCUAUUCCAACAAGACAGACCCGGAGGAUGAGAGCAAUGUUAUUGACUGUUAUUAAAGAAAGAUACACAUGUACAACAAAGUUGAUUAUUAUUUAUUG